CUCUGGCAAACUGGCCCAGGCUGGGUGGUUGGCUCCUUCCCCUCUCUCUGGAAGGCUGAGCAGAGGUGCCUAGUUACUCAGGCCAUGGGCACCACACCUGUGACUGCGGCCUCUGACUCAGGUCGGGGCGAGAAGCCCACGGGCCUGGCCCUCUGACUGUGUGGACCCUCCUGUGCACACUCGGAUGAUGUUGGACUCAGUGACACACAGCACCUUCCUGCCCAACGCAUCCUUCUGCGACCCCUUGAUGUCGUGGACUGAUCUGUUCAGCAAUGAAGAGUACUAUCCUGCCUUUGAGCAUCAGACAGCCUGCGACUCCUACUGGACGUCGGUCCCCCCCGAGUACUGGACUAAGCGCCACGUCUGGGAAUGGCUGCAGUUCUGCUGUGAGCAGUACAAGCUGGACACCAACUGCAUCUCCUUCUGCCACUUCAACAUCGGCGGCCUGCAGCUGUGCAGCAUGACGCAGGAGGAUUUCGUCGAGGCAGCCGGCCUCUGUGGGGAGUACCUGUACUUCAUCCUCCAGAACAUCCGCUCACAAGGUUACUCUUUUUUUAAUGACGCUGAAGAGACCAAGACUGCCAUCAAAGACUACGCGGAUUCCAGCUGCUUGAAAACAAGGGGCAUCAGAAGUCAAGACUGUCACAGUCACAGUCGAGCAAGCCUCCAAAGUUCUCAUCUAUGGGAAUUUGUGCGAGACCUGCUUCUAUCUCCUGAAGAAAACUGUGGCAUUCUGGAAUGGGAAGAUAGGGAACAAGGUAUCUUUCGGGUCGUUAAAUCAGAAGCCCUGGCAAAGAUGUGGGGACAAAGGAAGAAAAAUGACAGAAUGACAUAUGAAAAGUUGAGCAGAGCCCUGAGGUACUACUACAAAACAGGAAUUUUGGAACGGGUCGACCGAAGGUUAGUGUACAAAUUUGGAAAGAAUGCACACGGGUGGCAGGAAGACAAGCUAUGAUCUGCUGCAUCAUCAAGCUCGCUCUGUGGAUUUCUGUCAUUUAAAACAAUCAGAUUGCAAUAGACAUUUGAAAGUCUUUGUUUUGUUUUUUUUUUAAACCUGCAAAUGUGCUGAUAAAAUUUCUCCACAUCUCAGCUUACAUUUAGAUUCCGAGUUGUUGUUGUCUACUUGAGGGUGAUGGCAGGAACCCUUCAGAAAUUCUUUUUUUUCCUUCCCGAGGGAGGAGGGGAUGCCCUUUUGGGGCACCUUGAUCAAACAUUGCUUCCAUAAUCAAGAGUUGCAGAACCACAGUAGCCACUGCCAUUGGUGCUGCUCAGAGAAAAAGGAUCCAGUUCUGCCGUUAGAGACACAUCCACUGCUCUCAUCUCAAAGGCUCAAAAGUUUUCACAUAUUUAACUGUGGCAGCUCACAAAG